UAGGUCUAACCAUGCAGUAGACAGCUCGUCGGGUCAGUCAACAGCAGCCCAUCGCUUCUGAGAAACUCUUCAUCAUCCUCGGAGUUGCGGAGAAAAGAUGUGAACAAGUCCCAUGGAGCUCAAGUGCCUUUUGAUGUGGCUCUUGUUUGGAUCCGUCAAGGGAAACAGGGCAGGCAAAUGCCCACCUGUUCCAAUGACUGAAUUUGCUGAUGUUGCUGCUGAAACAUAUCCAGUGCAUACCAAGCUGUAUUAUGUAUGUGAUGAGGGCUACAGGAGGAGAAGCGGGCAGUACUUGGGAAUUCGGUGUCAGAAUAUAUCAGGGACUGUUUCUUGGGUCUACAAGGAAUUUGAAUGCAUUGAUGAGAAAAUUUUGUUCUCAAAUGCUCCCAUGGUGGAGUUAAAUUUUACACAGGAGACAAGAAAAACACAGAGCCCUGCACCUCCAAAGCAAGAAAACCUUUCAGGUUUUUGUGGUACACCCAAGACUGUUCCACAUGCCUCUUUAAAAAAGGACAACGAUUAUUCCCUGGGGCAAGUAUUAUAUUUCAAAUGCCAGGCCGGUUAUGAUAAGCGACCUCCUAUCUCUGGCACACGCACGUGCAAGAAGGUGAACGGAAAAAACAUCUGGACACCCCUCAACAUGCGAUGUACCAACGACAGCAGCAUUAGGGAUGAGUGGCUGUCACCCGUGACUGAGCCAGGUUCAGCUCAUCCAUCCUUUUCCUCUUCUGUGAUACUACCAGUGACAGCUAUCUUUUUUGUUCUGCUUACCCAUUCCACUGUCUUUGUGUGACUCGCCAAGCAGAGAUGGUAAGUGGGAAGGAACCAGGAAAAUAUGAAA